ACGAUUCCUUAGCAACGCUUGGCUCCCUGGAAGUGGUGGCGGUCGAUUCAACAUGGCGGCAGCGACAACAGAAAGUGGAAACUCAGGGAUAUUUUGGAUGAACGGCGCCUCAGAUGAUGACACACCUUUAGUGUUUGUUCCUGGUGUGGAUGGAAAGAUGAAGACUCAGACUCCUUUCAGGGUGGGGCCAGGCAGCACCAGUGCAUCCAGUAAAAGAGUUUCCAACAUGCCAGCCAGGCACAGCUCUGACCGCAAGGAUGGGACCACGCUAAAGAAAAGUGCCAAGAAACAAGGCCGCCUACAAAGUGAGCAUUCUCGGGUAUAUAUCAAGGACUGCUGCCCUGUUGCUUUGGCUACAGAACACAUCCCCUCCUCAGCCAACGAGACCUUUCUGUCCUCCACACAGGUGACUGAGAGUAACAGAGCUAAGAGCCUGGUAUGUUUGAAAGACCUCUGCCCUGAAGACAAGCGUCGGAUUGCAAACCUCAUUGAAGAACUAGCUAGAGUGAGCGAGGAAAAAGAAGUGUCAGUGCAGCGCCUGAAAGAUGAACAGGGAACUUUUGAGCGCAAGAUCCAGCAGUUGGAGCAACAGAACCUGAUCAUAGCACAGGAGAGAGAGAGCAUGCAGCAGCAGUACAGAGAAUGCCAGGAGCUGCUCGGGCUCUACCAACAAUAUCUUUCUCAGCAACAAGCCAAACUUAACCAGUCCAUUGCACAGCUCAGCCAGGCACCAGCACACAGCAAGGUGCUCAGCAGUGAGGAAGCCCCCAGCAGAGCUAAUGGCUCACUCUUCGAUGGUUCAUACCUCGGCCUUGCCACUGCUCGAGCACAACAGCCUCAAGUGUCCAGGAGUGGUGGUCGAGGAAAGGGAGCAGUACAGAUCUCAAGUGACGCUGACUCACUGUCUUGUGUCAGUGAGUCUAGUCCAAUUGAUGGGCCUAUCAAACAGCAAAGGAGUCAGAAAAGGCAGUGCAGGAAGCCACACCUCAGAUGUGAGCACUGCGAAGACAGCGGCUAUGGAACACAACAACGGAGAACUGAUAAUGGCUCUCGUCUGGAGAAUGACCAAUACCAAUCCUUCAACCAAAACAAGAGUGCAAGGCUUCACAGUGGGAAUGCCAUUGGCUCAGAGGCCAAAGAAGCCCUGGCCAGGUCUCAGUUGGGUCACGAGGACUGGGAGGAGAAGAGGCACCAGCUGCUGCUGCAGAAGAUGCAGUUGGAGAUGGAGAGAGAGAGGCUGCAUGCGCGGCUGGCUGAGCAGGAGGAGAGACUCCACAGACAGAAUCAGCAGUUACACCAGACGCGUCAUGAUUACAGCAGGUUUCAACAAGCUACAAAAUCGGAUCCCAUCGGCUCUGCCUCUAGAAAUGUAGAUCCACAGCUGGCAGGUCCCUCUCACCAGGAUUUACCCUCCAGUGUGUGUGAAGAACCAGAGGUACAAACUGGAAGACAGAGCUUACAUGAAAAGCCUUCACGGAGCCUGGACAAUGGCAAUGAGGCCUUCGAGCUGUCCAAAAAGGACAUGGCUACAUCUCCUGUUCAGCCCCCUGUGAGCCUGAGUAAACCCGCCUCCAGGUCUGUGAUCCAAAAGACCCCAGAAGCCAGGUUGGAAUUCUCUGUGGUUGAGUUGUUGGAUAUCUUUACUCCUGUCUCUGCACCUGAGCUAAAUAAGCCGUCCACUCAAAGACCCAAAACCAUGCAGCUUAGGCUGGCCCCCGCUGCCCCAAAACCAGCGGACAGAAACUUGUGUACCUCUGUUGGGCCUUAUCCUCGGGAUGCCCAGCAGGACCUGGAAGAGAGCCAAAUACUGGAGGAUAUUUUCUUCAUUUGCUGACCCAGAAUCAGGAUGAAUCCAGUCACUGACUUUUUUUUGUUGGUCUCUCAUUUAAUUUUCAGUUGACAUUCUGACUGAGCAUGAUCAUAAUGUUAUUUACUGUAUUCUUCUAACUUUGUGGUUUUAAUACAAAUAAACAAGUAUUUAUUCAGAA